CAGGAGGCCCUGGCCAUCUACCCGCCCUGCGGACGCAGGAAGAUCAUCCUCUCCGAUGAAGGAAAGAUGUACGGACGGAACGAGCUGAUAGCCCGGUACAUCAAGCUACGCACAGGGAAGACACGGACAAGAAAGCAGGUGUCCAGUCACAUCCAGGUGCUAGCGCGACGGAAGGCCCGGGAGAUCCAGGUGAAGCUGAAGGUACGCUAUGACCAGGCUGCCAAAGACAAGGCACUCCAGAGUAUGGCAACCAUGUCCUCUGCCCAGAUCAUCUCCGCCACCGCCUUUCAGAACAAAAUGGCUCUGCAGGGGCUGUCCAGGCCGCCGUAUCCCACUGCCGGCGGGUUUUGGCAUGGCGGCCUUCCAGGACAGCCUAGGGGUCCUGAAGACAUUAAGCCCUUUUCCCAGCAGAGUUACGCCAUGCAAGCGUCCGGCCCGCCCCCCAUAACAGGCUAUGAGAGCACGGCGGGCCUGUCCAUGUCGCCGGGCACCCCCCCGUGGCAGGGACGCAGUAUCGCCAGCUCCAAGCUUCACAUGCUAGAGUUCUCUGCUUUCCUGGAGCAGCCUCAGGACCCAGAGACCUUUAACAAGCACCUGUUUGUGCACAUCGGUCAGUCCAACCCCACCUUCAGUGACCCGUACCUGGAGGCAGUGGACAUCCGGCAGAUCUACGACAAGUUCCCUGAGAAGAAGGGAGGGCUGAAGGAGUUGUUUGAGAAGGGGCCGCCUAACGCUUUCUUCCUCGUCAAGUUCUGGGCUGAUUUGAGUGCCAACCUGCAGGACGACAGCAGUUUCUUCUACGGCGUGUCCAGUCAGUACGAGAGCUCUGAGAACAUGAUCAUCACCUCCUCCACCAAGGUCUGCUCCUUUGGAAAGCAGGUGGUGGAGAAAGUAGAGACGGAGUAUGCACGGUUUGAGAAUGGGCGAUAUGUGUUCAGAAUCCACCGUUCCCCACUGUGUGAAUAUAUGAUCAACUUCAUCCACAAGCUCAAACACCUGCCAGAGAAGUACAUGAUGAACAGUGUACUGGAGAACUUCACCAUCCUACAGGUGGUGACCAACAGGGACACACUGGAGACCCUGCUGUGUGUAGCCUAUGUCUUUGAGGUGUCUACUAGUGAGCAUGGAGCCCAGCACCAUGUUUACAGGCUGGUCAAAGACUGAGACAGCCCUGUGGACAGAACCACUAUAUAGCACAACAACAAACCCAACAUUGGACAAUCUCCUCUAUAAGCUGCAAGCACCAUACAAUUGUCUGUCAGGACCCAAAGGAGCACUUGGAGAGUUGCUUGCCCAGUGAAACCACUGUGGAAAAGGUGGAUUGAGAGCAUUGGGAGCUAGAGUGAACUUUACAACUGUGUGAUGUGAAAGUGAGGAGCAGAGGGUGGGAACCUUCAUUGUGGUAUAUCUAUAUGUACCAGAGAAGCCAAACGUCAAGAUGAUGCAUGAGAACGUUGAUUUUCAUCUCAUUUUACUAGUGCUUGCUUGUUUGAUUUAUUUUAUUUUAUGCAGCUGCAUGAGCGAGAUUGUGUUUGGUUGUCCAUGGGCGACACCUAAUGACUUAAUGUAUAUUGCACACAGAAGAAAGAAAAGUGGGCAAGAGGACAAAAAAAUAACUUUCAACCCCAAGACUGCACAUCCAUGCCAUUGUUUUUGGUGUCAAUAUGUGUGUUAUGAGUAUAAAUGUCAUGUACAGUACCCAUCUUCACUGAAAAAGAAUCCCAAUGGAAAAUAACAGGCAAAUUAAAAAUAAAUAUUGUAUUCACCUGG